AUGCAUCCAAACAAUAAAACCUGCUGUCUUCUUAAUCACGUCUCCGGUACAGACAAACCGCAUUACAGCCAGUUGAGGAGACAAUUGCCGGGCCCCCCCGGGCCAUCAAGACCGACAAUCGUCCACUUUAACAGUACCCGUUGUCUAAUCUCGUGGGCAGUUAGCGAUAACCCAUUGGUCACCGAGACCUGUCCCUUUAUUGCAUCGCCCACGCUCAACCGUAUCGCUGGCGGAGAAUCCCACGGAGACAUUAAAAACUUUACAGAUCCUGCUCUAUCUGGUACAAGUUGUGACAAUAGUACAUUGGUAUGGUUGAACGAAGUGGACAACCUCUCUGUAACGUGGGCGUUAAAAAUAAACUCUUCAGGACAUUUAGAAGGGGAUAAAAUGGAUCCUAUCAAGUUACAAGCAGGUUUGGACAGGUAUUGGCUAGGCAUAAAUAAGAAGCUUAAGAAGAAACCAUGA